AUGUCUACGCCCUCGAUUGCAACGCUGCCGACGAACUAUUCACAGUACUCGUACGCCCACCAAAAUCCGUACACCGCAGCUGUUCACCAGUACCCCACACAAACCACCUUGCCUGCGCCCCCAAGGUUGGCACCCACCUACCAGAGCUAUCCCAGCUUGAGCCACUACUCGAGGCCACCACAGUCCCCGGCUUCGUACAAGCAACUCUCCCACGCUCCCUCGAUCGCUCCCUCACACUCGGCUUCCGAGAUGGCCGCUGCCAAACGGAAAACGGCCCCAGACUGGAACGAGUUCUACAGGAAUGGUGUCCCGAAGGAGAUCAUAGUUAUUGACGAUGACGACGACGCAUCAGCCGAGCCUCAGAGGUCAGCCAAAGAGAAUCAAAGACUAAGGCAAGAGCAAGGCUCAUUCUCUUCCUACGGCGGUCGAAAAAGAAAGGUUGACCAGGGCUACGAGGUCGAAUACAACGAUAGCCCGACCUACUCGACCCAUCCAGCGAAGUUUGGUGCUUCUUCUUCUGCGGCUUCAUACCAGUCUGGAGACCGAACGGCGUCGUUGCAGACCACCACUGCUCCAACAUCUCUCGAGUCCUAUGGUAGCAACGGUGCCAACAAUUCUUAUGAGGAUGUCAGAACAGGUAAUAAACGGAAAAGAGUACAGCCCGAGCGUAAUCCGUCGAAGAGGAAGCGGCAAGAGUCCGUCCCAGAUGCCUUCACCGACUAUGUUCCACCAGCGAAACCAGUAAAGAAGUCAGCCGAGGUGGCUGUUCCUGUCAUUCGUGAUAACCUCCACAAGAACGCAAAAGUGGAUGACGACGAUGGGCAUUACGUUGUACAUCCAAAUUCUGUCAUGACAGACAGAUACGAUAUCAUCAAGUUACUCGGCCAAGGCACCUUCGGCAAGGUCGUUGAAGCAUACGACAAGCGGAAGAAGUCAAAGUGUGCUGUCAAAAUUAUCCGUUCAGUACAGAAGUAUAGAGACGCAUCUCGAAUAGAGCUCAGGGUGCUAUCGACUCUCAAGCUGAACGACACCGUCAAUCGGAACAAGUGUAUACACCUACGCGACUGCUUCGACUUUCGGAACCAUAUCUGUAUUGUUACAGACUUGCUGGGCUCCAGUGUAUUUGACUUCCUCAAGAGCAAUGGUUUCACGCCGUUUCCGAGCUCUCAAAUACAGAGCUUUGCCCGGCAGCUCUUCACGAGCGUUGCCUUCUUGCACGACCUCAAUCUCAUACACACAGACCUGAAGCCUGAAAAUAUUCUGCUCGUGCAGAGCGCCUAUCAGACAUUUACGUACAACAGGACGAUUCCCUCAUCGUCAUCGAGCACUGCUCGGACCGCUCGCCAAAGGCGUGUACUCCUUGACAGCGAUAUCCGUCUCAUCGACUUUGGCUCUGCAACAUUCGACGACGAGUAUCACUCCUCCGUAGUCUCGACCCGGCAUUAUCGAGCGCCGGAGAUCAUUCUGCAACUGGGCUGGUCUUUCCCUUGUGACAUCUGGAGCAUAGGCUGUAUCCUUGUCGAGUUUUUCACCGGCGAUGCUCUCUUCCAAACGCACGACAAUCUGGAACAUCUGGCCAUGAUGGACUCUGUUUGUGGCGGCAAGAUUGACGCUAAGCUGAUCAAAGCUGUCACUUCAGGCGGCCGAGGCGCAAACGCCAAUUCGGCAGCAAAAUUCUUCGUCCGGGGCAAGCUCGACUACCCAUCCUCUGAGACUAACAAGGCCAGUAGGAAGUAUGUCAAGGCUAUGAAGCCGCUGCAGGAUUUCAUUCUCCCCAGCACCAGCUUCAACAAGCAAUUCCUUGACCUACUUCGAAAGAUCUUCGUGUACGAUCCCAAGCAGCGCAUAACGGCCAAGCAGGCCCUGAAGCAUCCUUGGUUCAAGGAGACUCUCGUCGACGACGGCACGGAAGCCAUUCGAAUACGGGAGCAAAGAGCUGCCGAGCAACGCUUGUCAAACGGUACGAUGUGUGCGCCUGCCUCUGUGGCAGGCAGCAGCUCUGGACGGAGCAAUGGCGAACCUGAUGCCAAGAGGAUUCGAGCGUGA